CAACGACUGCGCACUUUGAAGCGCAGUUAACAAACACAACUGUCUACCCUGAAUAUUAAACAACAAAUAAAUAAUAAACAUAAACAUUUGUAUAAUCAAGAUAACAUAUUAGCAUAUUAAUUAAAAAAAUUAUUAACAAUGAUAACAAGAUGCUUGUUGUUGAUGAUCCAGUUGAUUCUAAUCAACCAUCUGGUAUCUGGAGAAGAACAAAAAAAUGUUCUACUAUUACUAGCUGAUGAUGCUGGUUUUGAAAUGGGAGCAUAUAGAAAUAAAAUUUGUCAAACACCAAAUUUAGAUAAACUUGCUAAAGAAAGUCUGAUAUUUAACAAUGCAUACACAUCAGCAAGCAGCUGUUCUCCAAGUCGUUCAUCAUUAUUAACUGGUCUACCAAGUCAUCAAAAUGGCAUGUAUGGUUUACAUCAAGGUGUCCAUCAUUUCCAAUCAUUUAAUAACAUUCAAAGUUUACCAAAAAUUCUUAAAAAAAAUAAUAUACGAACUGGUAUUAUUGGAAAAAAACAUGUUGGUCCAGAUAGUGUUUAUCCAUUUGAUUAUUCUUAUACAGAAAAAAAUCAUUCAAUACUACAAGUUGGACGUAAUAUCACAAAUAUAAAAUUACUAGUUAGAAAUUUUUUAACUGAGCAUAAAAAUGUUAAUAAGCCAUUCUUUUUGUAUGUUGCUUUUCAUGAUCCACAUCGUUGUGGUCAUACAAAUCCAGAGUAUGGUAAUUUUUGUGAAAAAUUUGGUAAUGGUGAUGUGGGAAUGGGUAAAAUUGAAGAUUGGUCACCAGUGUAUUAUCAAUGGGACCAAGUUGAAGUACCAUAUUACGUACAAGAUACUGAAGAAGCAAGACGUGAUAUAUCUUCACAAUAUACAACAAUAUCACGUCUUGAUCAGGGUAUUGGUCUGGUGCUAAAAGAACUUGAUGAUGCUGGUUAUAAAAAUAAUACACUUGUUAUUUAUUCAAGUGACAAUGGUCCACCAUUUCCAAAUGGUAGAACAAAUCUUUAUGAUCCUGGUAUGGCUGAGCCACUGCUAAUAUCAUCACCAAUACAUAAAAGCAAAAAUAAUCAAGUAACAUACAAGCUAACAUCAUUGCUAGAUAUUGUACCAACAGUUCUUGAUUGGUACAAUAUUAAAAAUAAAAAGAAAUUUAAAUUAACUGGUAAAUCAUUGUUGCCACUGUUUGUCAAUGAUACAAGUGAUGAUGAUAUUGUUUAUGCCAGUCAGACACAUCAUGAAGUAACAAUGUAUUAUCCAAUGAGAGUUGUGAGAACUAAAAAAUAUAAGCUCAUUCAUAAUUUAAACUAUGGCAUGAAUUUUCCAAUUGAUCAGGAUUUUUAUUUGUCACCAACUUUCCAGGAUAUUUUAAAUCGUACUAGAUAUAAUUUAUCAUUGCCAUGGUAUAAAACUUUGAAGACAUAUUACAAAAGACCAGAAUGGGAAUUUUACAAUUUAAAAAAUGAUCCAAACGAAAUUAAUAAUGUUAUUAAUAAAAUGUCAGUUAAAAAAAUUGUAAAUGAUUUGAAAGUUAAAUUAUUUAAUUGGCAAAAUAUUACAAAUGAUCCAUGGAUUUGUUCACCAAAUGGGGUGCUUGAACCAGUUGAUGGUGAUAAAAAUCAUCAACAUUGUAUGACAAUUUUUUAAAGUAAUGAUGAUUUUGUUUUGUUUUUUCUUUGAGAGAUACUUUUUUUAUGAGAUUGUAUUAUUGAGAUUUUAUAUAAUAAAUGUU